GAAGAAAACACGGACAACGACAGCAAAAACGGCAUUCAAGACAAAUUGAGCCCAAAAAGCAGAGAAGGGGACACAAGUGACGGGGACAGUGACGAUCAGGCGCACCGGCAUGUCAGUGUCACUCUAAAAAUAGAAGACGAGGAACUAGACAUUGCAGACGCUGAUCUAAGAGCAAAACAUGCGGACGUCAAGUCGGAAGGUGUCAAUGGCGCGGAAGUGUCUGAGGAGAAAGAGGCGGUGGGAAAUCAGACGGCAGGGACGCCGCAUGCAGAGGAUGAGGAUGACAGCCCCAUAGACCAUAUAUGUCG